GUCAAAAAUUCGACAUACACGGACGUGACGUCGUUUGUGAUUUUUCUGUCUUGAAGAGAAUACAACAAACGUUGUGUGUACGGCAAUAGUAUAAAAUUCAUUUAUUUUGUCAAAGCAAAAUUCAAGAAUCCACAAAGAAAUUAAAACGAAAUCGAUUAACAAGAAGCCACAAUGUAAAAAAAUGUGCGUGGAUUGAAAUUUCCUUAUUAGAAAAAUAUAAUAUUUAAAACGGGGCAAAGUCGUAGUCGUUGUUGUUAGUUCAGCCGUCGUCGUCGUCAUCGUGGUAGUUGUGUGUUUCUUUUUUGCUGCCUAUUGUGUUUGGGAACCCCAAGCUUUUUCCCCAUUUAAACGAUAACAAAAACAUAAAAUUAUGCAAUUUAAGAAUAUAAUAAACGUUUCGUGUUUCGAUGAUAAAAAUUAGCCACUUAAUAAUAAAAAAUACAUAAUUAUCAAUUACGCCAUAACAAAAAAGCAAAACAAAAAUAAAUUAAAAAAAUCAAAAUAGAAAAAAAUUAAAACAAAACAAAAAUUCCAUCAUCACUGUGUCUUUGUUUGGAGUGACUGUUAAAGCAAAUACAAAAAAAAAAAAAAUAUUUAUAAAAAAAAUAACAAAUUCAAUUUAAAACUUCAAUUUUUUAUCUGUUGGAAAUUAUUUCUCCCUGAAUUUCCAACGUCGAAAAAAUUUGUCUUAAAAGUGUAUCGUGUACCAUUUGUGUCGUCGCUUUGUCAAGCCCACCAUCAUCAACUUUAAAACUCACCAAAAAUGGCGGGUCAUCACAAUGCAAAUCUUCUAAGUUCGGAUAUAUCACGCCGCAAUCCCCAGGAUGAAUACGAGCUCAUCCAGAAAAUUGGUUCGGGCACAUAUGGCGAUGUUUAUAAGGCAAAACGCAUACAAAGCAAUGAGCUGGCCGCCAUAAAAGUCAUCAAACUGGAACCCACAGACGACAUACAAAUCAUCCAACAGGAAAUCAUAAUGAUGCGUGAUUGUCGCCAUCCAAAUAUCAUAGCCUACUAUGGCUCAUAUUUACGACGUGACAAACUGUGGAUCUGCAUGGAGUAUUGUGGUGGUGGUAGUCUACAGGACAUCUAUCAGGUGACCGGUCCCCUGAGUGAACAACAAAUUGCCUAUAUGUGCCGUGAAACGCUAAAAGGUUUGGAGUACCUGCAUUCCAUGGGUAAAAUGCAUCGAGACAUUAAAGGUGCCAAUAUCCUGCUGACGGAGUAUGGCGAUGUAAAGCUGGCGGAUUUUGGUGUGUCGGCUCAGAUAACUGCAACAAUUAAUAAAAGGAAAAGUUUUAUAGGUACACCCUACUGGAUGGCACCGGAAGUGGCUGCCGUGGAGCGCAAGGGCGGCUACAAUCAAUUAUGUGAUAUUUGGGCCUGUGGUAUUACAGCAAUAGAAUUGGCUGAACUACAACCACCCAUGUUCGAUUUACAUCCAAUGCGUGCUUUGUUCCUGAUGUCAAAAAGUGGUUUCAAACCUCCAACUCUCAGCAAUAAAGAGAAAUGGAGUCCUACAUUUCAUAAUUUUGUAAAAACAGCUUUAACCAAGAACCCUAAAAAACGUCCCACAGCCGAAAGACUCCUGCAGCAUCCGUUCGUUCAGGGUGAGAUGUCGGUGCGGGUGGCCAAAGAAUUGCUCAAAAAAUACAUGAAUCCAAAUCAACAAUUCUACUACAAUUGGGAUGGUGAUGAGGAGACUGUUGCCAGUGUACCACAACGUAUUGCCAGCAAAAUGACAUCAAGGCCGAAUGGUAUAUCACCACAAAACCAUACUUUGAAAACAGGCAUGACAACAUCCAGUUCGCCAUGGAGCAAUGAACGUUCAUCUAGUCCUGAAACAUUACCAAGUGACAUUCCCAUAUUAAAACAACAUCAACAAUUACAACAGAAAAAGCGUAUACAAAAACUUACCGGAACCUUAAUUAUGAACAUGUCCUUAAGGAGUCUCUUACAAUAUAUUGAUGAGGAACUGAAACUAAGAGCCACAUUGCCAUUAACCGAUACCAAAGAUUUACUAAGCACUGAAUGCAAUUGUAGCCAUAACGGCGGUAGUAGUGGUGGCGGUGGUGGUGGAGGAGGUGGCAGUAGCAGUGGUAGUGGUGGUGUUAACAACAGUAACAACCAUAAUAACAUUGCAUCAUCCAACAACUCAUCAACGACAACAAAUGGCACCUCAUCGGCAACAACGGCAUCGUCCAACUCCUCCUCCACACCGGCCGCAGCUUUAAUAAACUCCUACUCCUCAUCCUCCUCGUCAACGACAACGACCACAAAUGGCGGCAGUGGUAAUGGUCCUUCGUCAUUAUCCUAUGGCAGCGGUUAUUCGAAUUUGCGCACCACAGCUCUGGAUGCCAUCGAUCUCACCGAUAAUCAUUCAUCACUGUUUGCCCAUUUCGAUAUGCUGCGACAUGGAUACAUCAACUACAACAAUCACAGCCGGCCCAUUUCCAUUCCAAAUGCAGCAAAUGCAAAUGCAGCGGCAGCGGCAGCAGCAGCAGCAGCCGCAACUGCAUCCUCCAACGGCCAAUUGUCCACAUCGACUUCAAUCAAUACGACCAGUGAUGUUGUCGCCUCAACAUCCUCAGCAUUAUCCACAUCCGCCUCUGCCAAUAAUGCACCAUCGGCGGCAAAAGCAGCGGCAGCCGGAACGGCCACAACGAAUGAUCCGCAAACAAGUAGCAAUAAUUUGAUGAACUAUAACAGCCAUCAUAACUGUGAUUAUCAUCAGCAUCAUCAUCAUCAUCACCACAAUCAGGAAAACAAUCAGAACGGUUUGGAAGAUUCUCCCAGACGACAUAGUUCCAUGGAUCAACUGCUGGGUCUGAUUAAUGAUAUGGGCAAAUCAUCGCGUACCCGUAGCCUCAGUGACGGUGGUACUCAGGAAGAUGAUGAUGAACUGGAAAAAGAAGCCCAGCCCGAUUUGUUAAACAAUACACCUCCUGUGCCUCCCAAACGCUCCCACAGACGACGACACACUCCCCCACGCCCCAUAUCGAAUGGCCUGCCACCAACACCCAAAGUUCACAUGGGUGCCUGUUUCUCCAAAAUAUUCAAUGGUUGUCCUCUACGUGUUCACUGCACUGCCUCGUGGAUCCAUCCGGAGACACGAGACCAACAUCUGCUCAUCGGAGCCGAAGAAGGUAUAUUCAAUUUGAAUAUGAACGAACUUCACGACGCUGCCAUAGAUCAAUUGUUCCCCCGGCGUACGACAUGGUUGUAUGUCAUCAAGGAUGUCCUCAUGAGUCUAUCGGGUAAAUCGUGUCAGCUAUAUCGUCACGAUUUGAUUGCGCUGCACUCGAAGCAAACCCAUCGAUUUUCGAUGCACAUGAACAAAAUUCCCGAACGGCUGGUGCCACGCAAAUUCGCCCUGACCACAAAGGUACCCGACACCAAAGGCUGUACACAGUGUUGUGUCACACGCAAUCCCUACAAUGGCUAUAAAUACUUGUGUGGUGCAACACCCAAUGGUAUAUUCCUGAUGCAGUGGUAUGAUCCGUUGAACAAAUUCAUGCUGUUGAAACAAUGCGAGUGGCCGGCCACAAGCAUACUCGGCGGUGGUCAUGGUUGUGUGCAGAACGGCCGCACUCCGGUCUUUGAGAUGAUUAUAACACCCGAACUGGAAUAUCCCAUUGUGUGUACGGGAGUACGGAAGGCCGUCAAUGGAUGCCUGAAGCUGGAACUCAUCAACAUGAACAGUGGUGCAAGUUGGUUCCAUGCGGAUGAUUUGGAAUAUGAUGCUAUGGCCACAAUGGUACCCCGACGAGAUCUACUCAAAGUGGUAAAGGUCCAUCAGGUGGAGAAGGAUGCAAUAAUUGUGUGUUAUGGAAAUGUGAUACAGGUGGUUACUCUGCAAGGUAAUCCCAAACAGCAUAAGAAAAUGGUCUCCCAGUUGAAUUUCGAUUUCAACGUGGAUAGUAUAGUUUGUUUACCCGAUAGUGUUUUAGCAUUCCACAAGCACGGCAUGCAGGGCAAGUCGCUGCGAAACGGUGAAAUAACCCAAGAAAUUAAAGAUAUGAGCCGUACAUAUCGAUUAUUGGGAAGUGAUAAAGUGGUGGCACUAGAAAGUCAAUUGUUACGAACUGGUUCCUUGGGCAGUGAAGAGGGUCAUGAUUUAUACAUUUUGGCCGGACACGAGGCCAGUUAUUAGAAAACACAAAACAAUUGUAAUGUUGUUGUUCAAACACAAAAUAACAAAUGGCUUAUAAAUUAGUAUUACCAAAACUAAAAUAAAAUUCACUACAAACUAAUUUACAAAAAGGAACACUUUCUUGAAAUAAUAGAAAAGUUUUUUUUUUCGAAAAAGAAAUGACUUUGUAAAAAGCAAAAAAACAUAGAGGCAAGUUUAUUAUUUAUAAACAAAAGAAAAUGUCUACUCAAACAAAAUAGUGGUUAUUGAGAAAAAAAAACAAAAAAAUAAAAAAUUGGCAAAGUUGUGCUAAAACUCUACUAUUUGAAAUGGCAAACAUUAAAAAACAUUAAGAUUAGAAAAAACAACAAUUUAGUAUGUCUUGUAAAAUUCUAAAAGUAUUUUUCACUAACACAAGAGAAAUUUCCAAACACUACCACAAAAGAAAAUGCAAAAAUGUAAACAGAAACUUUUUGAAAAUAUUGAAAAUAAAAACGGAAUACAAAGAAUGAAUUCUGGCUUCUUUGUUAAAUUUGGCAGAGUAGAUUUGCAUUAGAGUAAAACAAAGUUGAGUAAUUAUUUUUUAACAAAAAUCGUUAAAAAUAAAAUAAAAAACAAUAAUUAAUAACGUAAAUGUAGUAAUGUAAACUUUCAACUAAAGGCAACAACAGAACAUCCAAUAAAUCUACUCUUAAAUUUAAUCUGUGUAUAUUGAUUGUAAUAAAAAAUAAUAAUAAAAUUAACACUCACACCGCAAGAAAACAAAAAAAAAACAAGAACUAUAUUAUUAAUUCAAAACGAAAUAAAAUACCAUUUAACGAUUAAUUGUAUUAAUUUAUAAACAAACAACCAACAAACAACAAAUAUUAUUUAUAUUUGUCAAAUAUAUUAUUAAAACUUUAUGUUUAUCAUAAUUAUUAUUAUUAUUUUUACGCAAACAGAAAAACAUGUAAAAACAUUUUUUCUUCGUCCUUCCUCUAUUAGCCAUUAAGUUUAUUAAUUAUAGAUUUAGCAUUAAACACAGUGAUUUAUGAUAUAAAUUUAUAAAUAUAUUUAAAAAAACCAAUACAAAAAAACAACAGAUUCCCCCCAAAAAACAAAAGAGAAACACACACACAAAUCAAUCCUUAAUUUAUAUACAUACAUGCAUACUGAUAUUGUGACACUUUAUAUUUACAUACCUACAAUACAAACAUAAAUUAUUAUUCAAUAAAACAAACUACUACGUAUUGACAAA